AAGAAAAGAGGUCUGAUUUACUGGAGAGAGUUUAAAUUAACGAAUUUUCAUGUAAUACUAUUACUAAUAGUUUUUAGUCGGAUGUCUCAGUAGCGAUUCCCAGCCGUUAAUGAGAUUUGCAAGUUUUUGCGUCCUGUUGGCCCAGCUGGCAGUAUCUCCAGUCUACUCUGUCCGCAUGUUUGUGAGCUUCGGCCAUUCCCUCACUCUUCCCUGCCAUGGAGCCCCCAGCAGGGAUGUGGAUUGGCGGUUUCAGCAGUAUGAGCUUCCUGAUUGGCUGCAUGUGGCCAAACUCUACACCGGAGCCUUUUCUUCUGGAGACGGCUUCCAGGGACGGGUGGAGUCCUUCCACCUAACAGAGCCGGGAAACUACAGCCUCACCCUUAGUCCUGUGGUGUACAGUGACCUUGGCAUUUACACAUGCCAGUACAAGGAUGAGACUGAGAUCCCUCUUUCAGAUGUGAAACUAGAAAUUAGAGUCCAAUCAAAUGUUUCUGUAGCGAUCGGAAUGUCCGCCAGCCUUCCUUGCUUUGGGAAAAUUAAUACACGAGCACGUGCUGAUGAUCUGGAUAUCCUCUGGAAGAGAGGCAGAGAGAACGUUUACCAGCUCCAUAAGAACACCAUCACAUAUGGGCCCGGGUUCGAGAACAGAGCUUCAGUUUCCCCAGAACAAGCCCUCUAUGGAAACAUGUCUUUAACCAUCAGACAGGCACGGUUUUCAGAUGAAGGCGACUACCAGUGCUUCUACAGCAGUCCAAAAGAGAGUGGGAAUCCAGAUUCUGCCAGUCUCUUUGUUACAGGCCACCCACCCCAGAACCUCACAGUUAAGGCCGGUGGUUUGCUCUCCAUACCGCUCUAUGCCGCAGACCCAGUGAGGGUAACAUUCAGUGCAGGCCUUGGUUCAGAUGAGGUGCUGAUAUUCAAUGCAAAUAAAGGCCCAGCCAGGUAUGGGGAGCGUUGUGCUCAGAGAUGUGAGCUUCUGGCCCAGAACUACACCCUUUUGCUGAAGAGUGUGACACUGGAGGAUGCCGGAGUCUACAAGGUGACCGAUCCCGAGACUAAGAAGACUAUCGGCUCAGUCUCUCUGCACGUCUCAGCCCCUCCUCUCUCUGCUGGAGCAAUGGCUGGGAUAGUGCUGGGAGUGCUGGUGGUGGUGCUGCUGGUGUUGGGGGGCUUUGCUUUCUGGAAGUACCGCAAAGAACAAAAGCGAGCAGAGCCUGUAGUGCGUUACCAAGCAGCCGGUGCUGAAGAUCAGAACAUAUCCAGCAGCAGAGCAGCAGACCCAGCCCGAGACCCAGACCGCUCUCCCUGAACUCCGUCUCCCCGUGUCCGAAUCGGAUCCUUCUCCCACCAGUCCCCAUCUCCUCGUGUCCGAAUCGGAUCCUUCUCCCACCAAUCCUCAUCUCCUCGUGUCCGAAUCGGAUCCUUCUCCCACCAAUCCCCAUCUCCUCAUGUCCGAAUCGGAUCCUUCUGCCAAUGAACAGAGUGGUCAGACCUGAUUGAAAUGCAGGAGAAAAAGUCUUAGAGUGUGGAACUGCUAUGACAAUGUGCUGUACCUGCAGGGGAAUCUGCUGGUAUGAAUUUUAU